UUGGAAAGUGGAAGUGAGGAUACCAUCAUGUCAUGGAUGACGGGUGCACAGACUCAAUCGAAACAUAUGGAUGAAACAGAGCCUAGAAAGCGAAGAUUGAGGAGACGAUUACACGUUGGCUCAUUUAACAUAAUACAAAUUUUAUAUCUGGUUCAACAACCAAAACUCAUUAUACUGCAUAUGAUUUUUGUCUUUACCUCAUUAGACGUGACAGCACUCAAAAGAAAAAAAGAAAAACCAUUUUCUUGCUUGAUGGAAGAACAUUUCCAAGGUCAUGAAGAAUUAGUGCUUCCCAAAACUGUACAGCAGGUAGAUCCUAAGAUAUACAAAUAUAUGGAUCCCCAUGUAGAUGAUUAUACAACAACAACUUUAUGCAAAUUAAAUACCAAAAAAUAG